AGACUCCGACGGAGUGAAGCAGACAGCGGCAGCGAGAGCCGAGAGCUGAGAGCGGUAGCCAUGGAAGGAACAGUGAUGUGCACGGUGAUAGCAAUGGAUCACACCAACCUCUCCUACAGAGCCUGUUCCGUCUGCGAGCGAACCCUUCCCGACGUUCCCAAUCCCGUCUGCAAAUUCUGCCCCAACUACAACUCCGGCCGUCCUCCGCCGCCGCCCGUCCGCUUCUUUCGCCUCCUCGUCUCAAUCGCCACGGACACGGAGGUUUUCAAUGUGAUGUGCUUCGACAGAGCAGCGAGAGUCCUAAUCGGCUGCUCCGCCGACGAGUUCUUCGAUUUCGCGAAGUUUCAUCCUUUUGCCGCGGCAAAUGCCGGGAAAAUUCUGGAAGGGGAGAUGAUGAAGAUGACACUUUCCAAGCCGAAGAAUGGGAAUGCGCAGCAUCUCAGAGCAGCUGCCGUUGUUCCUCUGCGGACCGGAUUUCAGCCGGCGAUCAAAAGCUUGAGGGAACUGUACAAGGCCAGACCAGGCUUGAGUUAGGUCCAACUCUAAACCCUGUAAUUAGGCUCGUUCUCUAACCAAUUGGGUGGAACUCUGGUAGAACAUAAACAUGGUGUAGAGUUUAUGCCAAAUAAUCAAUGGCGUCAUCUUAU